AGCAGCAAAGAAACCUGGACAAUAUUGUAUCACAACAUCCCAGGAUAAGCGGGGGGAAGAAAUCCAAGAAAGAAGUCUGCGCAAGCUCAGAUCUGGAGGUAAAAAACACUAGCCCCAUGUCUGAGCAAGAUUCGGGUAUCCUGGAUGUUGAAGAUGAGGAUGAGGAUGAAGAGGUGCCUGGGGCCCAGGACCUGGUGGACUUCUCACCCGUGUACCGAUGCCUGCACAUAUAUUCUGUGCUGGAUGCUCGAGAAACCUUUGAGAACUACUACAGGAAACAGAGAAGAAAACAAGCCAGAUUGGUCCUGCAGCCUCCUUCAAACAUGCAUGAAACUUUAGACGGCUACAGGAAGUAUUUUAAUCAAAUUGUAGGGUUUUUUGUAGUGGAAGAUCACAUCUUGCACACAACGCAGGGCUUGGUAAAUAGAGCCUAUAUUGAUGAGCUGUGGGAGAUGGCGUUAUCAAAAACUAUUGCAGCACUAAGAACACAUUCAUCCUACUGCUCGGACCCGAGCCUGGUGUUAGACUUGAAGAACCUCAUUGUCCUCUUUGCAGACACACUCCAGGGAUAUGGCUUCCCAGUGAACCAGCUCUUUGACAUGCUCUUGGAGAUCCAAGACCAGUAUAGUGAAACCCUGCUGAAGAAAUGGUCAGGAGUUUUCAGAAAUAUACUUGAUUCAGAUAACUACAGUCCCAUCCCAGUGACGAAUGAAGAGGUUUAUAAGAAAAUAGUCGGACAGUUCCCGUUCCAGGAUGCAGAACUUGAAAAGCAACCGUUUCCAAAGAAGUUCCCCUUUUCUGAGUUUGUGCCUAAAGUUUACAAUCAGAUUAAGGAAUUCAUCUACGCCUGCCUGAAGUUUUCAGAAGACCUUCAUCUGAGCUCCACUGAAGUUGACGAUAUGAUUAGAAAAUCUACAAAUCUGCUGCUGACCCGAACACUGAGCAACUGUUUACAGAACGUCAUCAAGAGAAAAAACGUUGGGCUGACGGAGCUUGUACAGAUUAUUAUAAAUACGACCCAUUUGGAGAAAUCCUGCAAGUUCCUAGAGGAAUUCAUAACCAAUAUCACUAAUGUACUUCCAGAAACUGUCCACACUACAAAACUCUACGGGACCACAACCUUCAAGGACGCCCGCCAUGCUGCCGAGGAGGAGAUUUACACUAACCUCAACCAGAAGAUAGACCAGUUCUUGCAGCUGGCGGACUACGACUGGAUGGCCAUGGAGCCGGGCAGCAAGGCCAGUGACUACCUUGUGGAUCUCAUCGGGUUCCUACGCAGCACGUUUGCUGUGUUCACCCACCUCCCGGGGGAUGUAGAUGUCCACUCUACAAUGUCGGGGAAGGUGGCUCAGACUGCUUGCAUGUCGGCGUGCAAACACCUCUCCACCUCGCUGAUGCAGCUGCUGCUGGAAGCCGAAGUGCGGCAGCUGACGCUGGGCGCCUUGCAGCAGUUCAACCUGGACGUGGAGGAGUGUGAACAGUUUGCCAGAUCCGGCCCAGUGCCUGGGUUCCAAGGGGACACGCUGCAGUUGGCCUUCAUCGACUUGAGACAACUCUUAGAUCUGUUCAUCCAGUGGGACUGGUCGACGUAUUUGGCUGACUACGGGCAACCCACGUGCAAGUAUCUUCGUGUGAACCCGACGACAGCCCUCAUCCUGCUGGAAAAGAUAUCACGAGUGAUGAGAGACACAAGCAGAAAAAACAACGUUUUUGCCCAGUUUCGGAAAAACGAGAGGGACAAGCAGAAGCUGAUAGACACCGUGGCCAAGCAGCUCCGCAGCCUGAUCAACAGCCAUCACUCCUGAGGGACUGGGGGACCUCCCGCACCGCAGCCUUCCACAUGCCCGGACUUGGGAUUCUUGUUCAAAGAGAAUAUAUGUAUUUUUUUAUUCGCCUGUAUAGUAUUCACGAAACCUACCCCCGAUGACAAAAUGGUCCUUGUUAAACAAUCCUGGGGAAGAUAGGCAGCACUUCUUGUGAAGGUGGUGUCAGGAGUCGCCUGUUAUAAGCUCCUAUUUUCAGGAGUUUAUAAAGUGACGGUAAAUCCUGAAGCCUGAGAGAGAAGGUUCACACCCAGACUAUUUUCUUUUUUUUCUUUUUUUUUCGUUUUUUAAUAAGCCAAAUUGAGAGAAUCGCUCUGAUGUCCUUUUGUUAACUUAUUCAGUUGCAGAACAAAUGAAAACAAAACAUACAGGGAGGAGUCGUGGUUUCAGGUUCUUCUCAUGGGCUCCGGUAAAAGGAGCACACAUGUAGAAAUGUGUUAACCAACACGUGUCUUACCGACUUGGAUAUUGGAUUUAGGUAGGAAAAGACGCAAGCCGAUUUCCCAAUUUUUCUCCUCUUUUUCCUGGAAGGGCUGAUUUCCACCUUCGCUGGAGCUGCAGCCCUGUCCUGCGCGUCUGUCGUCGGCAGAGCCACCCCCUGAGCUCCACCUCUAGGACCGGCCAGUGUCUUUGGGACAUGUAGAAGGGCUUUGAGAGCUGCCUCGUUCAUUAGAUUUGGAAAGGGAGAGCCAGGAGGUGCCCUGGCAGGGUGUUCUGCCCUACCAGGCUGGUGCUGGGAUGCUCCUGCUCCCACCCAGCACGGUUGGGUAGCGGGAGAGGAAGGAUGCUCAGCAGGGAUGGUGCAGUCUGGGCUCUGGCGUUGGCCAGGGCACCCUUCAGGGUUGUUUUUUUUUUCUCUCCUUGCAUCUCUUUUCCAUGCUGUGUCCCGUUUUCCCUCUCCUCCUGAUACGGUGCAAUGGGGUGAAGCCCCUCCACUUCCUGCGAGCGCCCUGGCUCGAGGAGCGGCUCCGCCAACUCGCCGCUGGCCGGGAGGAUGAGGAGGAACCUCCUGCAGGUGCCCGAAGCGGAGGCAGCGGGAGAGGCCCCGCGGAGCAGCAUCUCUACCCCCCCGGCUCAGAAGUGCCUACGGACAAAAUUCCCCUCUCUGCUCCGGAGGUGCCCAAACAUCCUCCGCUCCAGUCAAGACAGAGGAUGGUAACGCUACCAGCAGGACUUGCAUCCAGGGUUCAGGUGACGGAGAGAGGGGACUUUCACCCUUAUCUCCUCGUUAUCAUUUUGACUCUAAUUACUGCAGGUGAAAGCUUACCCAGCCGCUUCCCUCACAGCCCAAACCCUGAUGUUUAAAGGGAAUUAAAAUCAUCCCCGUGGAUACAACAGCCCUGGCAGUGCUGCUGGAGCACGGGCACGAGCCGUGCCCGUUUCCCACCCUCGUGUGAAGGCGGCGGGUGCUCGGCCCUCAAACCACUUCUGGAAGAGGAGGAGGGGUCCCCUCCUUCCCCGCCCUCGGUGCAGACUCCCGAAGCUACGGAGCAGGCAGGACGUGUUUGAUCGUUGCCGUGUGGCAUUUGUAGAAGGGCAGCAGCACUUCCAUGGUGCUUUCGGUCCCUUUGCUUUCCGACCACGUGCACUUUUUGCUCAGUGUUUCUUGCCUGGGGAGCUCUUCUGACACUCAAGCUCUGGAUACACGAAGGGGAUGGUGCUUUAUCUUCCCUCCUUGUUCCUCAGCAAUACUUUGUUUUUUUUGUUUUUGGGUUUUUUUUAUUCUCAAUAAGGGUACGUGUUACUUAACCCUGAAAGUAAAUAGGCAUGUUGUCAGCAAUGUCACUCUGGGACUGUUGUCCUGUCCCAGCAGUCUCCAGCCACGAGGACCAGUGGAUUAUUUCCAUUAAGAGGGAAGAACCAAACCUGGUCUUACGGUUCAUUGCUUUUGGCAGGGGAUCAGAGGUUAAUUUCUUCUUAACGCCUCUUUGAAGUACUCGUAAGAAGGAUGGAGGAAAAAAAAGAAGCAGCUGAAUGAAAGUUGGUGUUAGCAUGGCCAGAAACAUCUACAUAUGACCAAGCAAAGGCUGUCAGAGGAACCGGUGAAAAUGAACUCAGUCCUUGCCCCACUGGCAACCUCUUUUCUGCUCUCCAAAAUGCUGGACCUGAGCGUGAACCAGCCUGGCCCCUGUGAGCCCCAGGGGAUCCCCACCUCGAUCUUGGCAUCCCAAAUCCUGCACAACCAAGAAGGAAAGAUUGCCCGGCUUGUCGGACUCCGAUAGGAAACUCUUCCUUGCCAGAUUGUUGGGGAAGGGGAGCAGAGCGGUCCGUAUGGCCCUGGCAGCGAUGGGAGAGCCCUCAGCCCUCCAGCCCAGACGUGUCCCACGAGCCACAGGACCACAAGGAAAAUUAAUUUCUCCUCCCCACCCCUCAGCAGUGCUGACGUGGGGACAAGAGUGCAAAGGAGGGGGCAAAAGCUGGUGGGAUCGGCUGGUUCAAGCAUCAGACCUGAGCUCCUACCCAGAGGUUGGAGAUCGAAACGGAAAACCCAGCUAUGGUGACAGUAACAGGGGAAGCUUCAGUCCACAGGGCACUUCAGAUAAGGGCCGUUAAAUAGUACCAAGCACUUUAAAAUCCUUCAGAAUCAAGCUGCUACAGAUGCUGGCAGUGGCAUCACUGAGCAUCAGCAAGCAUGACAAAUAAGGCACUCUGGCAUUUCCAGGUUUUAUUAGUGGGAGGAUAGACUGUCAAACACAAUUUCUAAUUGCUUUUGUCAGCGUCUGGCGUUGCUGCCAGGUGAGACCGUGCUUUGCUUUUGCAGAUUUUCCUCCCCUCCAUGGUAGGUGCAGGAUGAAGGAAGGAGCAGGCACCGCCGGGCAGCAUCGCCUCCGGUCCCCGAGACAUGGGGAAGGGGCUGAAAAAAUCAUCCAGAUCCCAACGCCACCUUGAAACUCCGCUUUUUUUCCCCAAGGAGUGACCCCUAUAAUUGCAUUGCACAAGGUAGACCCACAAAAAAAACCCCCAAAAAAACAACAAAGCAGAUGGAUUUCAGGGCAAGACCUCGUUUCAGACGCUCCAGACAGCUCCCAGCCUUCCUUGUCGCACAGCUGGGCUCUCUGUCCCGGCUCCACGAGCUUUAGUUAAAAGAGGAGCAGCACGGCAUGGCCGUGCCUGCCUGGGCUGGAUUUCCUGCUCCUCUAAGCUCUGCUCGGAGAGGCUGGGAUUGGGAUCCUGCAAACCAGCUUCUGGCGCUCAGGACUUGCUGCUGGGAAAGUCAAAAUCGGCCAAGGGAGAGAGAUUCAGCGAGUUUCUGAUUUCGGGAGGUCAAGCACCUAACCGCAAGUCACAGACCGGGAUGAAAAAUGGCAUUUUGGUACUCUGGUCCUAAUUAACUUUUUGUUCCGAGAGAUGCAGUUCUAUCCCUUCAAAAUAAAAUUAAUCUUUUAAACAGAUUGCUUAAAAAGCCCUGGAAGACGUUUAAAAUCCCCUCUAAAUCUCUUACUAACGAUUGGUAUCCUCCGAUACGGAUGGUAUUGCUUAUGAGGGAAAGGUUGUUGCUAUAAAUUUAUAA